AUGGAUGAUCUGUGCAGCCUGAGUGGCCUGGACCCACUCUGGGACUGGAACCUAACCUGGUACACUCCACACCCGGACCUGACCCAGUGUUUCCAGCACACAGUACUAGUGUGGUUCCCAUGUAUCUACCUCUGGGCUUGUGCUCCUCUCUACCUGCUCUACCUGUGGUUCAGAGACCAUGGAUGCAUCUCACUAUCAAGCCUCUGCUGUGUGAAGACACUCCUUGGUCUGUGUCUUGCAUCCUUUAGUAUGCUGGAGAUUUUCUACCUCCUGGUUAAAAAGAAUGAGGAGAUCCAGAAGCACAUGGUCUUCCUGCUCAGCCCUGUCAUACGAAGCCUCUCCAUGGUCCUGGCAGUCUGUAUUAUCCAGUUGGAAAGGAUGAAGGGAUGUCGUUCAUCUGUCCUGCUCUUCAUCUUCUGGACUCUAGCUGUGGUCUGCUCCAUUGUUCCUUUCAGGGCUAACGUCCAAGAGAUUAUUGCUGAGGGGUUUACAGCAGACGCUAUGCGUUUUGUUGCUUUCUUCAUCUACUUUUCGAUGCUGCUGACCCAACUCAUCCUCAGCUGCUUCUCUGACCGCCGACCAAUCACUGCCAAGCACACCUAUGUCCAGAACUCCUGUCCCGAAGAGGAUGCCUCUUUUCUCUCCAAGUUUUUCUUCUGGUGGUUCAGCGGCUUGGUGAUGCAGGGCUACAGAUGCCCCCUGCAAGUGGCGGACUUAUGGACUCUGAGGGAAAAAGACUCCUCACACCAGAUCAUCUCAGAUUUAGAGAAGGAAUGGGCUCAGCAGUGUGCAAAACUACAACAGAAGGAGGAUGGGGAUAUGUCUUGGUCUAGCAGGCCAACCAGGCUGACGGAGCAGACACACCUGCUGAGGAAGCUGAAGAGGGAACAGAGCUCUAGCUUCUACCUCCUCCGUACCCUUUGGCGAAGCUUCGGACUUUAUUUUCUCUGUGGCACGUUCUACCUGCUCAUCCAUGAUGCCUUUAUGUUUGCCAUACCACAGGUGCUUAGUCUGCUGCUGGGCUUCAUGCGAGACAAGGACGCUGAUUUGUGGAAGGGUUACUUCUAUGCAUUACUCAUGUUUCUGCUGGCCAGCCUUCAGUCCCUUUUCAACCACCAGUACAUGUACUGCUGCUUCACUGUGGGCAUGAGGGUCAAAAGCGCUGUCAUGGGCCUGGUCUACAGGAAGUGCCUUGUGAUCAGCAGUGCAGCACGACGCCAGUGCACAGUGGGAGAAAUCGUCAACCUGGUGUCGGCCGACACCCAGAAACUCAUGGACUCUGUGGUUUACAUCAACGCUGUGUGGGUGGCACCAAUAGAGAUCUCCCUCUGUCUUUACUUCCUCUGGCAGCGUCUUGGCCCAUCUGCUUUGCCUGGCAUUGCUACCGUCAUCCUCAUCUUCCCUCUCAAUGGCUUCAUUGCUAAAAUGAGGAGCAAACUGCAGGAGGUCCAAUUGAAGUUAAUGGAUGGUCGGAUCAAGCUUAUGAAUGAGAUUCUGAAUGGUAUCAAGAUCCUCAAGUUCUAUGCCUGGGAGGUGGCCUUCCUGAAUCGGGUAGAGGACCUGAGAGGGAGAGAGCUGAAUGCACUGAAGAAAUCCCAGAUCCUCUACUCCAUAUCCCUGGCAUCUUUCAACUCUUCCUCCUUCCUGAUUGCUUUUGCCAUGUUUGGUGUCUAUGUGCUGAUUGAUGACAAGAACAUUCUGGAUGCUCAGAAAGUCUUUGUCUCGAUGGCCCUAAUCAACAUAUUGAAGACGCCACUGAGUCAGCUUCCUUUUGCCAUGAGCACCACCAUGCAGGCCAUGGUGUCCCUCAAACGUCUUGGAAAGUUCCUCUGCCAGGAUGAACUCAAGCCAGAGAACGUGGAGCGAAUCCCUUACAGCACUGAUGGGGAUGCGGUUGUGAUAGAGGGGGGAACGUUUUCCUGGUCCAAGGACGGGCCACCAUGCUUGCGAAGGAUCAAUGUGACGGUGAAGAAGGGUUCCUUGGUGGCUGUGGUUGGCCAUGUUGGCUCAGGGAAGUCUUCUCUACUGUCUGCCAUGUUGGGAGAAACAGAGAGGAAGAAUGGCCACAUAACAAUCGAGGGUUCGGUGGCUUAUGUUCCGCAGCAGGCCUGGAUUCAGAAUGCCACCCUGAAAGACAACAUUGUGUUUGGCCAGGAGAGGAAGGAGAGCUGGUACAUGCGUGUGGUGGAGGCCUGUGCCCUCCUGCCAGACCUGGAAAUCCUUCCUGCGGGAGACAGCACAGAGAUUGGGGAGAAGGGUUUGAACUUGUCUGGUGGGCAAAAGCAAAGGGUGAGCCUGGCCAGGGCAGUCUAUAGGAAUGCUGAUGUCUACCUGCUGGAUGACCCACUAUCUGCUGUUGAUGCUCAUGUGGGACAGCAUAUAUUUGACAGGGUCAUUGGACCCAAAGGGCUUCUCAAAGACAAGACUCGUGUGUUGGUGACUCACGGGCUGAGCUAUCUGCCUCAAGCUGACCUGAUCCUAGUGAUGGUGGAGGGUGAGAUCACAGAGAUGGGCUCAUACCUGGAACUGAUGAAAAGGAAAGGAACGUUUGCUGACUUCAUUAACAUCUUUGCUGGCACCAAGCGUGAAGAGAGCUCAACUCACAGGGAUAAGAGCACAAGGAAGUCUGCAUCUCGUCUCAGUAUGACUGAUUUCUCCAUUGACCUUUCACAGGAACAACUGAUCAGUUGUGACAUGAGCAGUGCCAGUGUCCAGACUAUGGAAGCCAUCUCAGGCUGCAGUCAGGAGUCAGCAGCUGAGGAUGUUGGGAAACUGACUGAGGCUGACAAGGCUCACACAGGGAGGGUUAAGUUGGAGAUAUACAAGGAAUAUUUCAAGACUGUUGGCCUGGCUCUCAUCAUCCCUAUAGUCCUCCUCUAUGCCUUCCAGCAGUCUGCCUCCCUGGCCUACAACUACUGGCUGAGCCUCUGGGCUGACGAGCCUGUGGUGAACGGCACCCAGAUGAACACUGACCUAAAACUGGGGGUAUUUGGAGCACUGGGAUUUGCUCAAGGUUUUGCUAUGUUUGGUACAACACUGGCCAUCUCCCUGGGGGGUAUCAUAGCCUCCCGCCACCUCCAUGAGGAUCUGAUCAACAAUGUCCUUCACUCAACCAUGUCCUUCUUUGAGUGCACGCCCAGCGGAAACCUCCUGAACCGCUUCUCCAAGGAGAUUGAUGCCAUCGACUGCAUGAUCCCUGAUGGUAUAAAGAUGAUGCUGGGCUACCUGUUUAAACUGCUGGAGGUCUGCAUCAUCGUCCUCAUGGCCACGCCAUUUGCAGGGGUGGUGUUGCUACCGCUUACCUGUCUAUAUGCUUUCAUACAGAGUUUCUACGUGGCCACAUCGUGUCAGCUCCGUCGCCUGGAGGCGGUGAGCCGCUCGCCCAUAUACAGUCAUUUGAACGAGACAGUGCAGGGGGCCAGCGUCAUCCGCGCCUUCAGAGAGCAGAAUCGCUUCAUACUGCAGGCUAACAGACGCAUCGACGACAACCAGACUGCCUACUUCCCACGCUUCGUAGCCACCAGAUGGCUGGCGGUGAAUCUUGAGUUCCUGGGGAACCUCCUGGUCCUGGCAGCAGCCAUCCUGUCGGUGAAAGGCCGGGACUACCUUAGCCCAGGCAUCGUGGGGCUUGCAGUGUCCCACUCCCUCCAGGUGACAGGCAUACUGAGCUGGAUUGUUCGUGCCUGGACUGACGUGGAAAACAACAUUGUGUCGGUGGAGAGAGUCAAAGAGUAUGCCAACACACCCAAAGAGGCACCCUGGACUGCUGAGGGCAGUUUGCUGCCCGCGGCCUGGCCCACAACAGGCACCAUAGAAACCGAGGACUAUGGUCUUCAGUAUCGUAAGGGUCUGGACUGGGCUUUAAAAGACAUCUCCAUCAGCAUCAAGGAGAGAGAAAAGGUGGGCAUAGUUGGAAGGACAGGAGCCGGGAAAUCGUCCCUGACGCUUGGGCUUUUCCGAAUCAUUGAAGCAGCUGAAGGCCGCAUCCUCAUUGAUGGAGUAGACAUCGCUAAGUUGGGCCUGCAUGAACUCCGCUCCAGAAUCACCAUCAUACCACAGGACCCAGUGGUGUUUUCAGGCUCUCUGAGGAUGAACUUGGAUCCCUUCGACAGCUACUCUGAUGAGGAGGUUUGGAGGGCUCUGGAACUGGCCCACCUCAAGAGCUUUGUGUCCGGCCUGCCAGACAAGCUCAACCACAGAUGUUGUGAAGAAGGAGAGAACCUCAGUCUGGGUCAGCGCCAGCUGCUGUGCCUGGCCAGAGCUCUGCUGAGGAAGACAAAGAUCCUGGUUCUGGAUGAAGCCACAGCAGCUGUGGACCUGGAGACAGACAACCUGAUUCAGUCCACCAUCCGCACUCAGUUUGAGGACUGCACCGUCCUGACUAUUGCUCAUCGCCUUAACACCAUCAUGGACUACACAAGGGUGAUUGUGAUGGACAGAGGUAAUAUAACAGAGAUGGACUCACCCUCCAACCUCAUUUCCCAGCGAGGUCAGUUCUUUCGAAUGUGCCAGGAGGCGGGGCUGGCCUGA